GGCGCAUCCCUGCGGGCCUCCCCCGCUAUGUCCCCCCUCGACCCCGGCUCGUCGCGCGACGAUAUGCGUCGAGCGAGAACAAGCCGCCUGCGCCGCUGCCAGACGAUGUGCGGCCCACGCCCUACCUGAACGACAGCUUCGCCUCCCACACGAUGUUUACGGUCGACUUCUUCCGGAGGUUCAUCAAGUACACCGCGGUCGGGAUCGUCGUGGUAGCCGUCACAUCAUGGACCGCAUUUGAAGGCGCCCACAUGUGGGUGGAGAACGUCGCGCUUGCACAGGACACGGAGGAGGACGCGAAGCAGUGGGGGUGGGAUGUGGAAGCGGACAGGUGGUCGGGCUCACCGAAAGGAGGCACAGACCCCGGCCUUGGGUUCACGGGAAGACACGCCGUGCGGAGCGCAUGGAUGGUGCUCUACUGGGGCACAGGCUCGAGCACGAACGUCGUCGCGUCCAAAGCGUUCACCGGACGGAACGGAGAGGGUGCGACGCUUGCUCCUAUCCAUGCUACACUCGAGUACGCCCAGGAGUUCCUCCGUCUCGCAUUAGAGGGUGCGGAGCAAGCAAAUGCCAAGGGACGGCUACAUCCCAUGACUAUCACUUCUCUGCUCGCUCGCCGCGCCGACGUCAUCUCGCGAAUGGGCACCCGCAAUGCGCUAGACGAGGCUCGAUCGGAAUACGAGCGCGUAUGGUCGAAUGUGGCCGGGAAGGGCGUCCAAGCCGCUCGGAUUGCGCUGAAACUCGGCGACCUCAACCGCCGACUUGGCGACACCGAGGACGCGCUGUUCUGGUGGGCUCGUUCUAUCGAGCUUGCUGCCGGCAAGGACGACACCACGCCUCCGAACGCCCACCCAAUAGUUCCGGAGACGGUUCCGACAUCUCCGCUGGCUCAGCGGACAUUGGUUUCAACGUUGGUAUCCCUCUCCGCCUUCUACGCAACGACCGGUCAGCUCCGCGAGGCGAAAGCUGCCGAGGAGUCUUCCUUGAACCUUCUCCGCGCCAUCCCAUCGCCCCAGUCGUUCGACGACGCCUCGCCAGGACAGGCCCUUCAUUGCCUCUACAUCCUACACCGCUCCUCCAUCAUAGCUAUCCAUCUCGCAGAGGUGUUGUACGCGCUCCGCACGAAGCCUGCGACGUCUGUCGACUGGCUCACUCGUGCCGCCGAGUCAUCGGAGCGUGUGGCACUCUCUCUGUCCGGGCUUCCGCCUACACAUCCCGACGCUCCCGGCUCGAAGAUCCCUCACCCACCCGCGUCCGAGACGCCGUUGACCGAGCAAUACGCCAAGUCAAAGUCGAUGAAUGGCCCGGCGAAGAACUUGCUACGUGACGCACGGCGAACCGCUGCUGAGGCGUGGAACCUCAUCGGUGUCCUUACGGAAGGGAGCAAGUCCCCCGAUGCACCUGCGAAGGCGUUGGAGUGCUAUGAGCGGGCGCUGGGAUGGGCUGGGGUUGGUCGUGACAAGGCGGGAGGCAUCGGGCAGCCGGGAGAGGGUACGUUGGAGUCGGACUGGCAGGUGUUCUGGGCGAACUACGUCCGCACUCGGGAAGCAGUCAAGAAACUAGAGCAAAAGUAGUUCAUUUGUGUACCUUGUCUUCUAUGGCCUACUACCUCUGCCACUCUACCUCGCUGCGAUUGGUUUUCUAUUGCAACGAAUCUCGAAUCUC